AUGCCUGCCAAACCGACGAACACCUUCAAUGAAACCGUCGCCACCGAAUCUGCAUACAUCACCGAUGAAACCGCCGCCAUACUAACAAACAUCAACAAGGAUGCUGCCGCUAUACCUGCAAACAUCGAUAAAAAUGUUACCGCUAUAUUAUCCUGCUUACAAGUGUUGUUAGCGUUAUCGGUUUUUCAUAUCCCUUCUCGCCUAAGGCAGUUAUCGUUUCUGUUUGUUAGUUUCAUGGCGACGGCGGACGAUUUGGAGGAUAUCAUCAGUAGAUUGUCUUUGAGAGACGGGGAAGCUACUAGACACUCUACAAGAUCGUUGAGUACUACACAGAUUGAUCCUUUUCUUACCAUCCUGGGGAAACUUCACUGCCCUCGUAUCGUUUCCCGUGACUCUAUUGCCUCUCACUAUCGAAACAUAUGGUCGAUGAGGCAUGGAUUUGUGGUACUUCAGAAUACUGGUCACGACGCUCCUGCUCUCACUCGUAUGAAACAGAAGUUAAUGAUUAAUGCUAUUGCUGAUGGUGAUCUCCAAUCUGUGGAGGUUGAGAAGUUGAAGGACAAAUUUUGUAUGUUUGGAGUAGGUGUGGAAUCUCAGAGAGCUUCGGGAGUCCUGACAAUGUUGUGGCGGAAAGACAUCAACGUUAAUUUGAGAUCGUACUCGAAUCAUCAUAUUGAUAUUGAUGUUGAAAUUCAAAGCAAAUGGAUUCGAGCUACGGGGAUCUACGGAGAACCGAAUGUGGCGCUUCGCCGGAAUGCAUGGAAUUUCUAUAGCUCAUUGUACGAUCCUGAGGAGAAACCUUGGUUUUUUUUUGGAGACUUUAAUGAGAUUAGAAGCGACGAUCAGACCAAUGUUUGGUUGGACAAAUGGUUACCAAUAACGCCAACAUUUCGAACAACGGUAGCUCCCUCGGACUCCUCUACUGUUGUUAUGGUUUCUGAUUUAUUUCAGAUUGAUGGAAGCAAUUGGAAUCGACCUUUGGUGGAGAGUCUUUUUCGUGCAGAAGAAGCUGCAACGAUUCUGUCAAUUCCAAUCCAAUCACAAGAUCCCCGGAUAUGGCACUUCACAAAAAAUGGCAAGUACUCUAUCCGAUCUGCAUAUCACCAGCUCCUGUCUUCCCCUCAGUUUAAUCAUUUGACAGCAAAUCGGGAUCCACUGCUUCUUGGAGUCCGUGAUCCUCUCUGGAGAAAACCCUGGCGAAUGAAACUUCUUGGCAGAUUACUUAUAUUUUCCUGGCGUCUCUGUAGGAAUGCUCUCCCUACCAUGGUGAAUCUCAGAUCAAGACAAAUAGAAGUGGAUCUUCACUGCCCACUGUGCAACCAGAUAGACGAAUGCAGCACUCACCUCUUCUUCAGGUGCCCCUUUGCUAUUCAGGCUCGUGCUUUGCUGCUUUGCCUCAAAUCUCCUGAACUUGAAUUCUGUUUUGCGUUACUAGAUGCCUCAAUGCUGAAUCUGGAACGCUGUGCAUCUGUUUUAUCAAUCUUACCAUCAGUAUUUCAGAUCGAUGAUUCAGUCAUCCAAGUCUAUUUUGCUGGGGCUAUUUCCUCAUCGAAAGUCUGCGCUGGUGCUGGAGUAUUCAUUUGCUCACGUGCUGGUAGAUUUCUACAUGGUUUAGCGCUUCAAUUCCCUGGGGUGUUAGAUUCCGAUAUUGCUGAAACCCUUGCAUUGAGAGAAAGCUUGUUGUUGUGUCAAAGGUUGGGUCUUUUAAAUGUCAUUAUCCGGGGCGAUUCUCAACUUAUUGUCUUAGCAGCAAAUCAAGAUACAGAUGACCCUCUUUCUUGCCAGCCAAUACUUGAAGACAUCAUCAAUUUGCGUGCUGUGUUGCCAGUUAAACAUUUACAAUGGAUUCCUCGCCCGGAAAAUGCUAUUGCUCACUCAUUUGCUAAAUUCGCAAAACAAUCUGAUUCUGUUGAAACCUUAUGGAGUAACACUCCUAACUUUGUAUCUCAACUGGUGCUGGACCAUUUCCAAAUUAGAACACUGGCGGACAUAGGAGGAACCAACCAGGAGUUUCUCUUCCCUUCAUCAUCUCUGUCGUUUUGUCGGUUAUUGAAGCGUUUUGGGCUGCUAUCAUCGUUCCUGAAAGGGAAAAGGAGGACGCCGACGAGGAGAAGACCCGAUAUUUGGUCCAGUAGGAGGAAGUGGAAGAUGUUUUGGAUUACCAGAUUUUCUUGGUUUUUCUCCAUUGCUGCGGUUAUAGUUUUGUCCCCUUCUUUACAGUCCUCCCCGCCGGCGGAAGCAAUUAGAUCUUCCGUUUCCGAUUUUGGCGAAAGGAACCCUUUGUCUUUCCGGAAAGCCCCUUUAUUUCGCAAUGCCGAUGAGUGCCGUCUGAAUAAUUUCAAUUCCGAUUGGUCGUCGGCGGCGGCGGCGGCAGUGGAGGAUACCGGAGUUUGCCACCCUUCUUUGGUCCACGUGGCGAUUACUCUCGACUUGGAGUAUGUACGCGGUUCAAUCGCAGCCGUCCAUUCCAUCCUCCAGCACUCCAUGUGUCCCGACAACGUCUUCUUCCAUUUCUUGGUCUCCGACACUGGCCUUGAAGCCCUUGUCCGGUCCACCUUCCCGCAGCUCAAGUUCAAGGUUUAUUACUUCGAUCCGGAGCGGGUCCGGAGCCUGAUCUCUACUUCCGUCCGGCAAGCCCUGGAACAGCCGCUGAAUUACGCCCGGAAUUACUUGGCCGACCUCUUGGAGCCCUGUGUUCGCCGGGUUAUCUACUUGGACUCUGAUCUUGUCGUGGUCGAUGACAUUUCCAAGCUUUGGUAUACGAGUUUGGGGACGAAGACCAUCGGGGCUCCGGAGUAUUGUCACGCCAACUUCACGAAGUACUUCACCGCAUCUUUCUGGUCGGACCGGAAAUUCUCCGGCACAUUCAGCCGCCGGAAUGCUUGCUACUUCAACACCGGGGUCAUGGUGAUGGAUCUAGUGAAAUGGAGGCGGUUCGGGUACACCAAACAGAUUGAGAGGUGGAUGGAGAUCCAGAAGAUGAAUCGGAUCUACGAGCUGGGUUCCUUGCCGCCGUUCUUGCUGGUGUUCGCCGGACGGGUGGCUCCCAUUGAACACAGAUGGAACCAGCACGGCUUGGGCGGAGACAAUGUCAGAGGAAGCUGCCGGGAUCUUCAUCCCGGACCGGUCAGCCUUCUCCACUGGAGUGGCAGUGGGAAGCCGUGGCUCCGCCUUGACUCCAAACGGCAUUGUCCACUCGACACCCUGUGGGCCCCCUACGAUCUUUACGACCGGCAAUCCUCGUGA